AUGUCGGACAAUAAACGUAGAGCCGAGCCUGAUGUACAUAAUGCAGCUGGAGCUCCAUCUGCUCCUGUACUUGAGCAGAGUGAACGACAGACAAUGAGCAACGAACAUGGAAACGGGGCAGGAUAUCCGAAUUUAAACCAAGGUGCUACCGGUUCUACAGAAGAGCGAAGAGCUGGUGCAACUGCUACAGGGGAGCCAUCACCAUAUACUGAGCCGCCACCGGCCUACCAUGCAGCAAUGGGCUAUCCUACCACACCUUAUCCAGUGGAUGGUGGUGUGCAACCAGCCUAUCCACCAAAACCGUAUCCACAGUAUCCUGUACCUAAUCAGCCUCCUAUUUAUCACGCAAUACACACUGUCGGUGGGGCACCAAAUCAGCAACAAGCUCCUCCACCAGGCACGACUCAUGUUGUUGUUGCAGUUGCCAAUGGAUCCAUCUGCCCUUUUUGUAACGUUGGAGUAGUUACGAGAGAAACUGACAUGUGCUGUCUGAUUUGCCUGAUUCUAUUGACGAUUUUCACAUUUCCAUUUGGAUUGGUAUUUCUGUGUUGCUUGCCCUGUGCAGUAACUCGUCGCUGUUCUAACUGUCUUAGAACUAUGUAA